CGUUGCGAGCUCUGUUGGAGGAGCGAUUGUUACAAACAGAAGCCCGGAGAACGAGCUGGGCGGGCGCUCUGAUUCGAGCGUUGGGACAAAGUAAAAGAACCUCCGGCGGCUGAACGUUCCAAAGAAAGAUACGUUCCAGGGUCAGAGCAGCGGCAACAACACGCAGCCCGGGGAAACUUUCCCACAGUCGGAGGCGGAGGAUCCUGCAGCCCUUGUUGAGCGAGGGCGAAGAGGAGGAGGAAGGGGGGGAUAAACUGGGGACCGAGAAAAUGAAUCGGAGUUUUAAUAAAUCUCAAACUCUGCGGUAUUUCGAUUGCAGCGCGGUGGAAGUGAAGAGUAAGUUUGGGGCAGAAUUCCGAAGAUUCUCUCUGGAUCGUUACAAACCAGGAAAGUUUGAAGACUUCUACAAGCUCAUUCUUCACAUCCACCACAUAUCCAGCAUGGAGGUGAUGAUUGGAUAUGCUGAUGUUCAUGGGGACCUUCUUCCUAUUAAUAAUGAUGAUAACUUCUUCAAGGCUGUUUCGAGUGCAAACCCGCUGCUCAGGGUUUUUAUACAAAGACAAGAUGAAGUGGACUAUAGUAACUUUGGGGCCAACACACUAACCAGGAAAAAGAAGGCUCUGGUGACCCUUCGCAACGACAACAUUCGCAGGCGUCCCCACAUUAAUAUCAGCAUGCCUCAGGAUUUUAGACCAGUGUCUUCCAUCAUUGAUGUGGACAUUCUUCCUGAAACACACAGAAGAGUGAGGCUCUAUCGACACGGGUAUGAGAAACCAUUAGGAUUUUACAUCCGCGAUGGGACCAGUAUGAGAGUAACUCCUCAUGGACUGGAAAGAGUACCUGGUAUUUUCAUCUCUCGUAUGGUUCCUGGCGGCUUAGCAGAGAGCACAGGAUUGCUGGCUGUUAAUGAUGAGGUCCUGGAAGUUAAUGGCAUUGAAGUGGCUGGGAAAACCCUUGACCAAGUAACGGACAUGAUGAUCGCCAACAGCCACAAUCUUAUUAUCACUGUCAAGCCAGCAAACCAAAGGAACAAUUAUAGCCGAAGCAGUAGGAUGUCUGGCAGCUCAGGCCAGUCUACAGAUAGCACAGCUAGUCACCACAGCUUGCCUUCCUCACAUGUGCUGCAAAACUUCCAUCCUGAUGAGAUGGAAAGUGAUGAGGAAGCCGACAUUGUCAUUGAGGGAGGUCUGGACCCACAGCACAUUCCCAAACUGCACAGCUUCCCCUCUAGUAGCCUCUCCCGAAUCAAUGGCAGCAGUCUUAGCCACAGACUUCAGAGAGACCUGGCUCUCAACAGUAACUCUGGCCGAGAAAGCAACGGCAACAUCCACAAAAUACUAAGCUCCUUAAAAACUGAUCCCCGACAUAGUUUGGUUAUCCCCAGAGGAGGAAUUGAAGAGGAUGGAACUGUGAUUACACUUUAGUGGCAUUUCCUGUACUGAGUGUUUUCAGUCUUAAGUGCCAAUUGGAACAAAUUGGACUCUUGCAACCCCUGACGCACAAAACAAGAGAACCUACAUUCAUAUAGACCCCAUGGGUGUGAAAAAUGUUACUUUCUAGGAAACAUGAUUUUGGGGAUUAGAUGUAAAACUGUUACUUCGAAUUCUGAAAAAUAGUAUAAAUAUAUAGUUUGUCCCUGUUUUAAAAUGAGAGAGCAAAUGGAAGCACCAAAUCUAAAAUUAAUUUCAGUUGACACAAACUUCAGAAAAAAUCCCAUGAGCUAGGAAACGGCAGCGCUGCUCUUUUGGGUUUGGGUGGAUUUUUGAGAAUAGUAACAGAUGUGUCAGUUUGAGGUGGGGUCUUUUUUUAAAUUGGUCAGAGAAAAACAGUUUUCUUUUAAAAUGUUAAAAGUUCAUGACAAUUGAUCAGUCCUCCUAUUAUUACAUACCGGUCUUCCAUUAACUUGUUUACACAGAUUAUUUGCCAUGUUAUAUCUAAUCUGGACAAGCUCUAUAUAAAGUAGCAGUUUCCCACUCUGGUGGUAGCAGUGUUGGGGAAACACUGCAUUUACACUUUCCAAACAAAACUUUGACCAAAUGAGAUGAGAUAUGUGUGUGUAUAUGUGUAAUUUUUUUUUAAAAGUCUAAGUAAAAGGCAUAGAGGAGGAUGUUGAUACCAUCAUUCCUUUUAGAUCAGCACCACCUGCUGGUCAGUGGCAGUACUGUCUGAGUUAUAACAUUUUUGUAUAUUAGGUUACUGUAUGUGAAAAGGAAAAUAGAUUUACCUAAAGGAGUUUAAACUGACUUCAGCACCAUCACAUGCAAAGCGUGUUAUUUUUUUAAAAUAUUUAUUAGACAAGAACAUUACCAAUUUUAGUGACUGUUUUCAUCGUCUCCAUCUCUUGGUAACAUGAAUAGUAUGAAUUUAGAGAACACAAGCCAGAAGGGCAACAAAAAAUAUGAAUGACUUAAGUACAUAUUACGACCAUGUCUCAGACUAGAUCACUGAUGGAAAGAGCUUUUUGCUGUGUUUUAGGGGCAACUUGAAUCCACAAAAACUUUAGCUACAAAAGGCUGUCUGUCUACAGUACACUAUUUGAAGGAUACUAGCUGACUUCCUAGCCUGUCUCUGAACAGUUUGCUCAAUAUUUCAGACAUGAUGCAUCAGAGAGGGAUCUGCCAUGUUGUUUAGGGAUUUAAGAGCUACUAACUUGGGAGUCAGUACCUGGACCCAUUACCCAAAGGAAGCAAUUUUGCUCCCAAUUCUGUUUCUUAUCUCCAGAAAAUGCCACAAAUUGUUAAAAUGGUCUAAUCUAAAAUAUUUUGUAAUAUCAAAACAGUUUAAGGAACAAAUAUAAUUGUCUUACAAUGUAUUUUUCUACUUUUAGCUGUCAUUUUCUUUUGUCUUUUUUAACCUUGUAGUAUUGUGUAUUAAAGCUUUUCUGAUUUUUUUUAAUGUGGUGGAAUGGGCAUUUCUUUAAUAUUGCACUGGGUUUGAAAACUCAGACCACUUAAGUUUCUACAAGAUGCAGUUCUGGACUUGGAAGGUGUAUGUGGAUUCCUUCUCACUCUAAUUUUUAAAAAUACGAAUGAGCAACUGUUACUUUAUUAACACAAUGUUACACUGUUCACUGCCAGAUAUGCUUGAGGACAUGGAAUUAAAUCUGUAAUUUUUUGGAUAGUUUAAAGCUUCUUUAAUGUUUUUUUUUUUGUUUUUUUUUUAACAUUCUCUCAUGUUUUCUGUGUCAGUUUUAGAGAUGUGUACCUGUUUUGGUCAGGCCAGCAAGAAUGGCACAUUGAUCCUGUGACAAUGACUUCAUUUGUAUGCUGGCAGAGAGAGUCAUUUUUUGGCUGAUGGAUAUUGGUGCAGUAGACUGUUUCUCACAGUUCCAUUGUGUGCUUCAGUCACAAACCAGUUUAUCAAUAAAAGUAGUUUUAU